UAAUGAAAGACAUGUCCAAGAAGAUCUUUGAAAAAGAGAAUUAAGCAGAGGUGUCUAAUAACCCUAGACAUUAAAAUAAAUCUUUAACUUAAUUGGUAUCAUUAACAUUGAUUGGUGGAAAUAGAAGUAUUAAAUUAAUAUUAUAUAUAUAAGAAAAUGAAUUAAAGAGUAUAGAACUUAAAAAUAAUAAUUAUACAUCUAUUUCAUCACGUCCAUUAGUAUUUUGUAAACCAGAACCUAAAUUAAAAACAUAAACAACUUCUUCUCCAUAAAAAUAAUCACCUAUAAAACCUAAAUAAGUAGAAACACAAUCAAAUGAAUUAUGUAAAUUAAUAAACAAUUAUUCAGAACCUAUAUUAGAUUAUUAUAUAGAAUUAAAUGUAAAUAUUUAUUAUAAUUAUUAAAAUAGAAUUUAACACCAAAAAAUUGUUUGUCUAAUCACACAGUCAGUGCAAAUCUUAGAGCAAAGAUGGUUGAUUGGAUGGUUGAAGUACUUACUUCAUAUAAAUGCAAAGAUUAAACAUUCUUUUUUGCUGUUAAAUUGAUGGAUACCUAUCUAUCUAAAACAUAAUAAAAACAUAUACCUUAAGAUUUACAUUUAAUUGGUGUGACUACUAUGUUUAUGUCUUGUAAAUAUGAAGAAAUCUAUCCAGUAAAAUUAUAAAUUGUACAUGAAAAAAUUGCACAUAAAAAAUUAACUAAAGAUGAGAUUAAAGAUAAAGAAACUAAUAUUCUAAGUACUCUAGAUUUUAAUUUGGUUGGUAUUACUGUAUUAGAUGUAAUUACUAUUGUACUAUCUAUUUUAAAUAUGAAUCAAUAGUUAUAUUAAAUAACAUUAUAUCUUGCUAAAAUGGUAAAUUAUAUUAUUUUAUUAUAGGCACUUUAUGACUAUGAAUUUAUUAAUAAUCAUACUUAUACAUAAAUUGCAUGUGCUGCAUUGAUUGUAAGUACUAAAAUUGUAGAGUAAAUUGAUUAAUCACUUUCAUCUGAAGUAGUAAUACCAUUAAUAGUUUCAACUUUAAAAAUAGACAACUCUGUUGCCAUGGAUUCAGCUAAUAAAUUAUUGAAUUUAGCUAAAGGAUUUGAAAAAUAGUAUCCUAAUUUAGAAAAUUUAAAGAAAUUUAGUAAAUUUCAAUUAUCAGAUAUUUUAAAAACAUAACCAUGA